CUCAGAAGGAAACACGAGCUCGCGCCGGAGAUUGCGAGACAGGUACCAAGGUGAGCAGCGUCCGAGUAGAGCGCCGAGCUAUCAUCAAACUUUCGGUUUAAGAAGUGACAUCAAGUGCACCAAAAAUGAUCAUCCUGGACCCGUCCGAGCUCUACCGUCCAGAGCACAAGAAAAUGGAAGAUUUCAGGACGUACACAACAAACAAGGAUGACCCGCUGCAGGCCAGGGUAGCGAAGACCUACAAAGACAUGCACACUUUCCAGACCGUGGAGUUCGUCCGGAACCGGAUGGCUGAGUGGGGCAAGUUCAACAAGGCGCGCAUGUCCAUCAUGGAGGCCUUGGAGAAACUCAACGACCUGGUGGACGAGAGCGACCCCGACGUGGACAUACCCAACAUUGUGCACGCCUUCCAGACUGCCGAGAAAAUCCGCGCUGCGCACCCACAGCAAGACUGGUUCCACCUCACGGGCCUCAUACACGACUUGGGGAAGGUGAUGGCGUUCUACGGCGAACCACAGUGGGCAGUGGUGGGCGACACAUUCCCGGUUGGUUGUGCGUACCAGGAUUCCAUCGUGUACCGAGACACGAGCUUCGUCGACAACCCGGACCUUGAGGACAAUCGCUACAACACCCGUCUCGGCAUCUACACCAAACACUGCGGACUCGAAAAGGUUCUCAUGUCCUGGGGCCACGACGAGUACAUGUACCAAGUGCUCAAGAACCACGGGGCAACGCUUCCGGACGAGGCCAUGUACAUGAUACGGUUCCACUCCUUCUACCCCUGGCACACGGGAGGCGACUACAUGGAACUUUGCAAUGACAAGGACCGGCGCAUGCUGCCUUGGGUCAGAGAGUUCAAUAAAUUUGACCUCUACUCAAAAUGCGAGGACGUUCCUGACCUUGAGGCGCUGACGCCUUACUACCAGUCUCUGAUUGACAAGUACGUUCCGGGAGUUGUCUGCUGGUGAUGCCAGGAGACACGGGAGACAGAAGCCUCCCGUGGCUGAGGGUGCCUUAAGAGGCUCGACUUCUUUACCGUCGUCGUAGCACUGGACUCGUGCGCAGGCCAUUCGUCUAGGAGGCUGCGAUCGCGCUUAACUUUAGUGCCGUGG